CCCCCGGGCGCUAAGCGAAGGCUCACUGCGCGGCGCGUGGUCUGGAGCCAGGACGCGAUGGCAGCUCAGCGGCUGGGCAAGAGGGUGCUGAGUAAGCUGCAGGCUCCGUCGCGGGCCCGCGGGCCGGGGGGCAGUCCCGGGGGGCUGCAGAAACGACACGCGCGUGUCACAGUCAAGUACGACCGGCGGGAGCUGCAGCGGCGGCUGGACGUGGAGAAGUGGAUAGACGGGCGCUUGGAGGAGCUAUACCGCGGCCGGGAGGCAGACAUGCCCGAUGAAGUCAACAUUGACGAGUUGUUGGAAUUAGAGACAGAAGAGGACAGAAGCCAGAAAAUCCAGGGGCUCCUGAAAUCGUGCACGAACCCCACAGAGGACUUCGUCCAGGAGCUGCUGGUGAAGUUGCGAGGCCUCCACAAGCAGCCAGGCCUCCGCCAGCCCAGCCCCUCUGGUGACAGAAGCCUGAGCCCCCUCCAAGACCCGGCCCGGACCUUGCCGCCCUGACACUCUCUGGCCUCGGUGGCCCCUCCGUCCCCCAGCAUUGUGCGCCCCCCCCCUUCCUAGUGCCCUCCUGACUUGUUUAUAAGUAGUAUUUAAUGGUUCUAGAACAGUAACAUUGAGUGCCUGUUUUUCCUCUCCCUGAUCACUCCAGGCUUCCCUAGCUGCACUCCUAAAAUCUUCCUCUCUCCUGCUGGUCUGCUUGUGACCCAGCACCCACAGCUGGCCUACACAGAUGGAGAACCACUCCUCGGUGGCCAGAGAGCGUGAGAACAGGCUCUGCUGACCUUCCACCCCUGGGACUCACAUCCUGUUCUCCCCUCCCCCCAGCCUUGGCCCGUCCCAGCUGGCAGGGCUGUAGUGUACAGAUGGCACCCAGCUCCUAUGGGAAUGAUGGCCUGUACAGGAGAUGCACAGGCUAUCCCUGCUAUCACCACAACACAUCAUGAACAGUCAGCCAUGCCAUGAAUUUUAUUGAGCACUUACUGUGUACUUGGCAUGGCCAUUGGAAUUGAGACCACAAAGAGGAGUAGAAUAUGGUCCCUGGUGUCAGUGUGCUCACACACUGCUGCAGAAGAUUAGAACAAAGUGGUGUAUGGUCCAAGAUCCUUGGAAGCCUGUCACUCGUUGGGUGGUAAAAAUUGUGGAGGGCUUCCUGAAGGAGGUCACAUCAGGUGGGGCUUUGGAGGAUGCAUAGGCAUUUAUGUGAAAUGGAUAUCCAUAUCUGAGGACUCUGACCUUGUGUGUGGGGGGGAAUUGACACUGAUGCUGAGCCAGGGAAGAUAAAUAUUGUCAGGCCCCUCCACCAAUCAGGAUAGGCAAGUCUCCCAGGGGUCCAUCAGGAGAGCCCCUGGGCUGGGGCAUGGGAAGGUCUGAAGGGUCCUAGGGCAGGGGCCUGGGCAUCAGAAGUGGGUAGUAGCUAUUGACCAAAAACUGGAAGGUAUUUCAGUACUUUUAAAAUUAUUUUUUGUUAAUCCUCAUGAGAGGACAUUUUUCCAUUGAUAUUUAAGAGCGAGUGGAAGGGAGGGGCAGAGACCCAUUGAUUGCUUGCCUCCAGCAUAUGCCCUGACUAGGGCUGGAGAUUAAGCCUGCAACCCAGAUAUAUGCGCUUGACCUAGGACUCUUCAGUAUAUGGGCCGAUGCUCUAUCCACUGAGCCAAACCGGCUAGGGCUAUUUCAGUAUUUUAACAGCAGGUCUAGUUGUACUAGUGAUCCCAGCUGGGUACAGUCAGGAGAUGGAGUGCAGCUGGGGUUGCACCAAGGACCCGCAGGACCAGAGCUAGGGUGUUUCCCCCAAGGACAAAGCACAUCUCCCAUCUUGCCUUUGCUGACUGAAGUUGGGGCCCCAGCCGGGCCACCCAGCAGCCUGGCCAGGAUCAGGCACCCAUCCCAGGUGCCUGAGCUCCCAUCUGGCAGGAAGAGAAGGUGCCCCUGAAGAAGAGCAUGCUGGGAGGGCCUGGCUUGUCCAGUCCUUCGGGUGGCCUUGCUGUCCCUGCACAGAUAGGCCUCAGGCUUACAGUGCCCCCUUCCUCCACACAAAAUGUGUGCAGAAUGAAUGUGUGGAGACGAGCUAUCCACCUCCUGGCAUCUGAGCACCUGGGCCUCUCUCCCGGGACACCCGCUGAGGCCUACGAAGCUCUGAACUUCCCUUUCACAGAACCUGUUUUUGGUUCCUCAUCUUUGUGGAGGCGGCAUAUACUCAGACCCAGGUUCUAAAGUCCUGGGUGUGCCUCUCGGUUUCCUCAUCAGGAAAAUGGGGAUUUCACAGAAACGGAGGCUCAGAUUAGUGAUGUCACUUGCCCAAAGUCGCACAGCUGGGCUUCAGUUUCAGGCGUUGUAACUCCAGAGCCCAGCUACUUCAUGCCCACACUACAGCACUCCUGUAAACUAUAGCAAUGAUUGCUAUUCUUCAGUGGCAGGAAGAGGUUGACUGAUUCAUACUAAGGUGCUAGUAACUUCUCACAGCCUAUCUGAGAAAUCCUAUCUAAGGGCAAUACAACUUGACUGAAAAUAAGGCUACAACAAAAGGGUUGGGAAGCAGCAUACUGAAGUGGGUACGAGUCCAGAUUCAAAUGCCAUUUGUCCUACUUCCUGGCUGUGUGAUAUUGAGCAAGUCACUUAACCUUUCUGUGCCUCAGUUUCCACAUCUGUAGAAUUAAGAUGAUUAUAAUAGUAUCUACCUCCCAGGGUACCAUGGACACAUAAUAAAUAUUGUUAUCAACCUGA